AUGAUGAGCGGCCGGCUGCUCGUCUUAAUUACGAUGAUCGCGCGAUCAGUGGGCCACCACGAGAAUGAUUUGCCCGUUGACAAACGGCUGCCAGAUGACGUGGUGCCCAGCGAUUAUGUGAUCGCGAUCGCGCCCGAUUUCCAGAACCACGAUUUCCACGGAUCCAUUCGCAUCGACAUGGAGAUAUCUAACCCGCAGGCUCGAAGCUCCAUCGUGCUACACUCGAGCAACCUGACCAUACUUUCGACGAAGUUGUACUCUCGAGCGUCGCGAGUAGAGGUGCCCCUGAAGUCGGUGACAGUGAUAGAUCAACGCGAAAUGCUGGUCAUCAGGACGCUCGACGUCGCUCUAUCCGGCCAGUACUAUCUAAAGAUAAAUUUCACGGGCAGUCUAAAGAGAAAAUUGACCGGGUUCUAUCUGAGCAAAUACACCGACCCCGGCGGAUCCACCAGAGACUUGGCGAGCACUCAGUUCGAGCCAACCUACGCGAGAACCGCUUUUCCCUGCUUCGACGAGCCGCGGUUCAAGGCCACGUUCCUGAUCCGCACUCUUCACACCGAGAAGCUGUACCACGCGUUGUCGAACAUGCCAGUAUCGAGAACGGAGACGAUGAAGGAGGACGAGUCCGCCGUAGCGACGUUCUUCGAAGCAUCGCCGCCGAUGUCCACGUACCUGGUGGCGUUCCUGGUCAGCGACUUCGAGUGUCUAGAGUCGUCCUUGAGAACGCUGAGCGGCAAUAGCAUACCGGUGAAGGUCUGCGCGAGGCCGAUGUACAAGAACAAAACCAGGUUUGCGUUGGACGUGGCCGUCAGGACGAUGGAGUACUACCUGACCGUGUUCAACAUCGACUAUCCUCUUCCGAAAUUAGACCUGGUAGCUAUUCCCGACUUCAACGCGGGCGCCAUGGAAAAUUGGGGCCUGGUCACUUUCAGGGAAUCCGAAUUGUUGCACACCGACGACGACAGCUCCUUCGCGAACACAAGAAGCGUCUGCUGCACGGUGGCCCACGAGCUGGCGCACAUGUGGUUCGGCAAUCUGGUCACCAUGAGCUGGUGGAACGAUCUGUGGCUGAACGAGGGGUUCGCGACUUACAUGGAGCACAUGGCCGUAGACUUCUUGUUUCCCCGGUGGAACCAGGUCGAUCGGAGUAAGCCAUAAUGAUCGCGCGGAAACUCACGGAUCGGUUUGUUCAUUAGAUAGACUCCUUCCCGUUGCACACCAAGUACGUCGCCAUGAAACAC